UUUGUCAAGAUUUCUUCCAAAUCUGACUUCGGCCUCUCUCUCUCUCUCUCUCUCCAAUCCUUCUCCCCCCUCCAACAUUCUCUCUUCCACAAGAUGAUCAACAGAAAAAGAAACUCCGUUCCACAACUCCCAAGCAAAACGGACCUGAAACAAUUGAUUAGAAACCAAACCGAUGCCUCCCUUACCUUCGCAAAACAAGUAUCUCAAUCCGCAUCCAAGGACUCGAACCUUGUCUUCUCUCCCCCCUUGAUCCACGUGGUUUUGGGCUUGAUUGCAGCCGGGUCAAAAGGCCCAACCCAAUCCCAAGUACUCUCUCUCCUCAACUCCAAAUCCACCGACGACCUCAACUCUCUCACCUUCCAACUCGUCUCCCUUGUCUUUGCCGACGGCGGGCCCACUGGCGGCCCAAAGCUGUCGUUCGCCAACGGGGUUUGGGUGGACCGGUCGCUUUCUCUUAAGCCUUCUUUCGAAAAGGUGGUUGAUACUGUUUAUAAAGCAGUUUUGAAUCAUGUCGAUUUUCAGACUAAGGCCGAUGAGGUGACCACUGAAGUUAAUCGAUGGGCUAAAAAGGAGACCAAUGGGCUUAUCAAAGAAGUUCUUCCUUCCGGUUCAGUCAAUAAUUUAACCAGACUCAUCUUUGCAAAUGCACUAUAUUUUAAAGGAGCGUGGGCUGAGAAAUUCAAUGUGUCGAAAACCAAAGACCAAGAGUUUCACCUCCUGAAUGGGAGUUCGGUUCAAGUACCCUUCAUGACAAGUAAGAAGGACCAAUUCAUUAGCGAAUUUAAUAGUUUCAAAGUCUUAAGGCUUCCUUACAAUCAAGGUGAAGAUAAACGUCGAUUUUCUAUGUACUUGUAUCUUCCAAAUGCAAAAGAUGGUCUUUCUGCUUUAAUGCGGAAAAUGAGUUCUAAAUCUGGGUUCUUAGACCGCCACUUGCCAUGCGAAAGAGUAGAAGUGGGUGAAUUCCUGAUCCCAAAAUUUAAAUUCUCUUUUGGCUUUGAAGCUUCUAAAGUUUUGAAGGGAUUAGGGUUGGUUUUGCCAUUUGCCGGUGGUGAAGGGCUGACAGAGAUGGUGGACUCCACUUUCGGUCAAAAACUGUACAUUUCGAGCAUUUUCCACAAAGCUUGCAUUGAAGUUAAUGAAGAAGGCACAAAAGCGGCAGCUGCUUCCGCUGGUUUACUGACGUUUGAGUGUUAUGAAGAGCCAGAGGAGAUAGAUUUUGUGGCCAACCACCCUUUCUUGUUCGUCAUUAGAGAAGACAAUACUGGUGCGGUGCUAUUCAUUGGCCAAGUGCUUAAUCCCCUUGUGGAUUGAUUAAUGAACAUGAUCCUGUGAGGUAAAUGUGUAUGCAGAUGGGCUUCUAGUGAGUUCUAAUUUCUGGAUUAAUGUGUGCAUUUCGUUUUUUUUUUCCGGGUGUGGCAAUGUUUUUAGUAUUUUGGUAUGUAGUAGUGUAAGGCAA